GGGGGUGUGGAUGUGCAUUUCACCCAGGAACCUUCUAAUCCAAGCUACUUUAACAAUGGUAGUGAUGCCAACCUGGUGUGGGACUACACUGAUUCGCAUAAUAAGAUUCAGUACAUUAUCUACAGUGUUCUGGUAGAUGGUACAUUUGUCAGAAUGAUGGUUAAUGGCAGUCGUGGUGUCCAAGAACAUCCUAAUAUUCCUUCAUCUUACAAAGGAAGAGUUAAAAUUGAAGGAAGAGCUACCCUGGUUAUCAAGAACAUCAACCCUGGAGACAAUACCGAAUUUAAAUGUAGUAUGUUUGGGAGCUUUGUAGGGACGAUUGCAAGUACAGUUCAGCUUAUUGUGGCAGGUACAUAUUACAGAUAUAAACAUAACUAAUUAAACGUGAAUCAAAUGCAUUUAACUCAUGUCUUUCAUAUUUCUAAGAUGUGGAGGAAGUAAACAAUAGCAUAAAUGUGCAAAAAACCUUUAUAUGCGGGGCUAGCUAACCUGACUUUUGGGAACAAUAGUGCUUCUUUUACUUGGCAUGAAACACUACACUCCUAACGAAACUCUAUCAUUUAUUUAAUCAAUGAGUUAUCAGAGAGUUAUUGCUUUAUUCUUCUGGCACCUUGAAUUAUACUGGGUUGCUCUGUUAUGUAUAGAUAACCAUUAUUAAUAUAUGAGCGCAGAGAUUUUCUCUUAGCAAAGCUUUCAAUUUAGGAUGGUCAGUUGAAACUGGAAACAAUCCAACUGGUUUUGAUUUUACAAUUUUGCAAAAUCAAUAAAGGAAAAUAUUGCAUUACCAAUCACAGGCAGCAUGUGAAAUUAAAAUGGUGUGAAAAAGAUUGUAUUGCUUUUCAUGCCUUAAAAAGGGACUUGCCAAAGGCAAUGAAAGUCGGCACUGCGUCAUUUGCUGCUUUCUGAGGAUUAUAUGAACCUAGAGGUCUGCAGAUGUAAAUUUAGCCAGCAGAAUGGUGACUUCCUCAAGUAAUUUCUGAUACUAAGGAGCAAGUUGAGACUUGAAGAUUUGUGUGAUGGAGCACAAUUUUCCUAAAGUUAUGAAAACAGUAAAACAUUGAAGCCCAUAAUUCAAGCUCUCUUUGCCUGUGAAAGACGUUGAGCAUGCAAAAAGAAAAUAAUUCAAUGAAGAAUGAUGUAAUAUUCAAUCUCACUUUAGAGUAUGAAAUGAUUUGUAAGCUUAUGUAACCUAAACUUUUCAGAAAGCUUUUCAUGUAUAAAACGGAAGCCCAAAUAAAUGUUCUUUGAAUAGACUUUUUAAUCUUCUUUCUGAGUGUUUACCUUUCAUUUUGAAUUACAGUAUCUAAGAUGUCCUAACAACAUUAAAUACAUUUAAAUAAAUUGUGAUAUUGAGUAUGUAACUUCUUUGUACUCAUGUACAAUUGUACAAUUGUUUGCUGGAACGAUUUUCUUCACUUGUGAAGAAUCCAAACUCACUUUUUACUAUGUUCUCUUGCUUGUUUUUGAUCCUUUAUGACUCAUGAAUAAAAAUUGUUUGAGCUCACCAGCCAUUACAUAAUCUUCUUUCUUUUCUUUUAUUUAAUCAUGCAUUUGCUAAGUUCUGUUGGCUUAUUUUAACUGUAGUACAGUACCUGUCACACUGCUUCUCUUUUCCAAUCGUAUUACGAUAGAAAGAUACCAGGUUAUUAUGGCUUAAAAUGGGCAAACGAAUCAUCAUUUGCAUUUGGUUUUUGUAUCCCAAAGCCAAUCCAUGUCUAAACCCUAACCCUAAGCAAGUAGCUUAGAAGCCAGGGUCCUUAGCCCAAAGAGUAACUUCCUGAAUUAUCCCUUCAUUUACUAGGCUGAGGCUCUGCUUUAUAAUUGAGCUUGUAAGCAGGUUCUCCAGUAGCUAGUGCCAGGUUGACUUGUACUGAAUGAAGUUUAAGCCUCCUAUACUAGCUGGUUGUUGGGUACCAAUUGCUGGAUGCUUUGGUUUAUUUUAUUGAAAUUGGGUAAAUUUCAAGACUGAGUCCAAGUUAGAUUUGCUAUGCUAUAUGAGGAAUGAUAUUAUCUCUUUUACCUUUCAGAGGCACUACUUAUAAACAUCUCUUUAAGAGGAAAAUAUUACAUUGAAGGAUCCUCUGUCACCAUGGCCUGUGAAGCUUCUGGGAAACCACUGCCGGAUGUAGCAUGGAUUAGAAAUGGAGUGCUGGAAAGUUCAGAGAAGAAAGCUACGUUUUUAAAGUUCGAUAAUAUAAACAGAAGGGAUGCAGGAAAAUACACAUGUCGAGCCAAUAACUCAGUGGAAGUCACUUCUGUUGACACAUCAAUUGUAGUUCAGUGUAAGUAUAUUUUAACCUUAAUUUUCUAA